GAGGCGAGGUGUUCCGACUAAGUAGGACAAGUUCAUUCUCGUUCCGACGAGUCAGCUAUUCGUGUUCGUUCUGAUGUGACGUCAGCAUGUCGAAGUGUAUAUAAGCGCGCAACUGUACACACAGCCUCACACAACGACUGUUGAGCGCAUUGAUUAACAAGUCUACUUCAAUACACCAACUGUCAAAUCAGAACAAAAGAUGGCUGUACCACCAGGCGGACUACAGGAGAUAUGCUUCUCCUUUGACACAACUGGUUCCAUGUAUAGCUGUCUGGACGAGGUUCGUGGACGUAUCCAGGAUAUGAUCCAACGUCUCCAGGCCGACAUUCCCGGUAUCAGGAUCGCUGUCUUCGCUCACGGCGACUACUGUGACAGAAACAACUACAUUACUAAACACAUCGACUUCUCCACCGACGUGCGGCGCUUGUGUAAAUGGGUUAAUGACGUAGGUAGGACAGGCGGCGGCGACGCAGACGAAUGCUAUGAGCUGGUUCUGCACGAGGUCCAGAGUCUGAAUUGGACGCCGGGAUCACAGAGGGCGCUAGUCAUGCUUGGAGACAACAACCCACAUGAACCUGGAUAUCCCCAAAACAAGAAGAAAUUGAAUUGGAGGACAGAGGCAGAUAACCUAUCAAAAAUGGGUGUCCGAAUUUAUUCGGUCCAAUGUCAAGAUUACUCAGGGGCAGACCACUUCUAUCAAACCAUAGCCGAGAAAACUGAUGGCCAUUACCUCAAACUCGCACAAUUCACCAAUAUAUUUGAUUUCAUCAUGUCUAUCUGCUACAGAGAAAAGGGCGCAGAAUUUUUACAGGAUUACGAGAAGGAGGUGAGGGCGAGAGAAGCCACCGGCGGUAUUCACAAAGAUUUGGAUACGCUUUUCGGAGUUUUCCGGCGAGCUGAUAGUAGCCGUGACGACACAAAGAUGGACACAACGGUAACUACUGCGACAAAACCUUUGCGUCUGAUCAAGCCGCCGUCCCUCACAAAAGUCCCAUCUUUGACAAGCAUGAAGAAAAAACUAGGGAAAAAAUCAUUGACAUCCAAACGUACACGGAUAGGAAGGAAAGCUCGCACAGAAAUGAAGAAAGAAGCUUCACAGAAGCCGAGAAGAGAAAACGUAUCUGAAUCUAACUUUGCUUUAUCCGGCCGAAAGUGGAGCAAUUGGCAAACAUGUCUGUCAUGUGAUAAGACUGAUAGUGACUUGUGGGAAAAAAGAAAUGGCGGCCAUCUUGGCUUCAGGAGGAAACAAAUCUUUGAUGGGAAACUGACAAGACCCACUAUUUACGAAUUCUCAGUUCAAACAACUCCCGGCCACAAAAGGCAUAUAAUGUACUCCAAACUUUGUCAUGGAAUGACCUCGCCAGACAAAUGGGAACAUCGUCUGCUUGGACAGAAAGACAUUCGGGGCCAAGUUGAGGACAUCCUCUCUAAAGGCUGUUCUGUUGCUGUGAGGAGACUGAAACUCGUCAACCGAAAAACAAGCAAAUCUAAGGCAAUUAAUUCCUUACGUUGCUAUGACUACGCCUGGCGUCGACACGGCAGUCUGCGGACAACACACCGACCUGUGAUCAAAGGGUCCGUCCAGAUCUCAAACGAUGUCUUCUAAAUGUCUUCAAGUACAAACUUCCUUCAUUUCAUAAAAUCAGGAUGACAUUUAUGUUAUAAUCAUGCCCGCUUGAUACAAUUCCAAUAUUUGUUGAUGGACAGUGUAAAUUAGUUAAACUUGCCAUGAAUGAUGCGAAUUGAGACUCAAUUGUUAAUGAGUUACAGAUCUGCGAAGAACCGUGCAAUUAUAUGUAUACAUUCUGCGAUGUGUUGUUAUGAUAUUAUGUUUAUAGAAACCUGUUAUGUAUCAUUAUUUGUUUAUUGUUAAAAUGUAUCAAAUAAAAGAAACAUUUGA